AUGUUCGUGCUUCUCUCGAGCAUUCUGGGUAUCUCGGACAGCUUCCUCUCCCUGCUGGUGCUGCACCCGUGCUCGUACCUCAUCGUGCCCGCGAGCUCCGCCGGAGCACUCUUCGUAACGCGCCUGUCCGCCGCUGUAAACCGCCCGGCCAUCGGACUUUUAUGCCUGUACCGCUCGUUGCUCUACGCCGUGUUCUACUCAUCUCCGAGGUUUCCCUCUGUGUAUCUAGGCUUCUACGGCAUGAUCCCAUCGACUACAGCCUCGGCUUCCUGGCAUGUUUAA